ACAAUUGUUUUGAACGACGCUUCCAGCUCGUUCGCUUUCGAGUCGCUUUCCACUCCCGGACCGGAGUUCGCGCCAUUAUCCUGUGCAGCUGUGCACAUGUAUCUUGUACCGCGGUCGCUGUUCCGCCGACUGCUUCCAACGAUGCCGUACUACGCGGUUGCCAAAGGACGCCAGGUGGGCAUAUUCUCAACUUGGCCAGAAUGCCAAGCCCAGGUAAACGGGUUCACCGGUGCCCGGUUCAAGAAGUUCCCCACACAGGCUGAAGCCCAAAGCUUCAUCACGGCCAAUUCCGGGUUGCCCACCAGCGCCAGUGUUCUGACGGCCGGCAACAAGCAGCCGACAGCAAACUGGAAGGGAAAGCGAAGUGCUUCCACGAGCGCGACGACCGGGGCAGCUAAACCGCCAGCGAGUAAGCAAGCGAAGAAAACGAUUCUGCUCGAGGAAGUUCCGAGUGCGCCGGUGAGCAAAAUGGUAAAGUACGGCGAGUACAGCUUUCUGCAGGAUGAUGCGGGCUUUGUGCACGUGUAUACGGACGGGUCGUGCGAGGGAAACGGGACAGCGCGGGCAGUCGCCGGUCUUGGCGUUUACUUUGCCGAAGGACACGCUUUGAACACAUCGAAACCGGUGAGUGGCCGAGCGACAAACAAUUGUGGCGAAAUACAGGCCGCUUCGAUGGCGAUCCGGCUCGCCCGGCAGCAAGGCAUCCGGCGGCUGGUCAUCAACACCGACUCACAGUUUCUGAUCAACUCCAUCACGAAGUGGCUCCCGGGAUGGAAGAAGCGCAACUGGACACUGGCCAGCGGUGGGCCGGUAAAGAACAAGACUGACUUUGUGGAGCUCGAGCGCGAGCUGAGUGCGGGCGACAUCGAAAUCAAGUGGAACCACGUGGAUGCACACUGCGGCAUCCUCGGGAACGAGCGGGCGGAUCAGCUAGCCCGCAAGGGCUCGGAGAUGUAUCGGAUGGAGCGGCGAUAGUGGUGAUUGUUCGGUAACAAUAAAACAAAACAAAAACAGCGGACUUGAGAAAGUGUAAUUAAAUUUUAUUAAAUAGCGCGCAUUUCACUUUUAAUCCGCUCCCCCGCUUUAUGGUUCCAGUUUCCAGAUAUUACUACUAGCUUACUUUUUCUUUUAAACCCUUUACUAAUUGUUACUUAUGAAUGCAAUUUUUGUGUGUUUUUCUUCCUGCUUUCUUUGCCUUACUUUUGUGUGGCCCGAUCUGUGAUGCUGCGAGAGGUGUUCCGCGGUGUCGGCAGCGGCAGCGGCAGCAGGAUAGAGGUGCUGUCCACACACAUAGCUCGUUACCCUUAUUUAUAUGCUUAAAACAGCACACAUCUUUGUUUCGUUUCUCUUGUUUAAUGCAAAAAAAGCGUCCCUCUUGGUUGACCCCUUAAUGUUUCUAGUACGCCGCAGAUUCACACUACCCGUGUGGUUCUGUUUUCUCCUCGUUUUGUUCUCGCUCCUUUCCUGUUUGAUUAUUCAAUGUUUCCGUUUUGUUUUGAUCUAUUUUAGUUUUAGUAUUUAGUAGUUAUUAUGUCACAAGUCAAUUUUCCCCCCCCUUAAUCCAAGUGCUUAAGCCUGCCUGCUCGCCCGCUGAGUAAAGAGAGUUAGUCUAGCCCACUUUAGCAGCUUUCGAACCGCAUCGAUGACCCAGUAGACAAGUCGGCUCUCGAUAGCGUGAGUAAAAUGAAAUGAAAUUAAGGGGGCAAUCAAAAACAUUGGGGGCAACAGCAUUCACACAGCAAUUCAAAGCCUUCGCUCUCUCUCUCUCUCUGUCUCUCUGUCUCCCUGGCUUGUGCGUCCUUAGCAUAUUCCUUGUCGCUUAAAUUUGUUUUAAAAAUACCCGGAAGCUUUCAUUCGAGGUGAUUCUGUGCCGCUUUUUUUCUGAUUCUGUUUCCUGAAACAAAUUAUUGUACGUUAAUGUAUCGGUUUACCGGUCGGAAAACGCAAUUCACACUUCCUUUUGAUCGCUGUGUCGGGGCUGCUAGCGAUAAUCACUCUUCUUACUGGCAUGCAAUUAACGGUCGGUCCCUUCCUUCCGUCGCUUUUGUUUUGUUGCUCUGCUUUGGCUUGAUUUGUUCGUUUAAUUUUUUCUGUUUUCACAAUUCCUUUUUCGUUCGCUUUUUUGUUGCUUUCGCUGCUUAACAUACUAGAAAUCCGAACUGUGGCUGGCUAAAACGUUCACCUGUUUUGCUCCUUUUGGUUUUCUGCUAAGUUAACAAACUGGUCCUCCUAAGUGUGGUUUCUCGGCCGUUUUCUUUUUUGCUUGUUUGUUUGUUGUUGUGUGGUUUUUGUCUUUAAGAAUAAUUAUUUUAUACGGUAUCGGCUUAUUAAAGGUAGGCAGCUAAAAUAUUGUAACACGGUAAUGAAUGGUACAAUGGGAGGGUUACGGCUUAAGUUAAGAAUCCUCUCUUGAUCGUUCCGCUAGAUUGUUGGUAAGAGAUUCUUCUUGGCUUUUACUUUCUGCGUUUGUUGUAUUAUUUUUUUUUGUUGUAUUAAAUGCUAAUAGUAUAUGUUUGUCCAACCAGUCGGUUUUUUUUGUCUGCCUGGAGGUUCUGGUUUAGUUUUUGACUCCGUUAAGUUGCGUUCGGUUGAUCCUGUUUUGCUUUUCGCUGCUGCCUUACUUAUUUUAAAGCUGAUUUUAAUUAAUAUUUUCUUCUCGUUCUAGUAUUUAUCCGUAGUUUUUCGGCCUUCCUUUCUGUGUCCACCCUUCAUUAGUAGAUAUGUUGAAUGGUAUGUAUGUGUGCAUCUCGGGAUCAACGCGCUGCUGCUCGAGGAUGUCCUUAACUAAUGCAUACUGCUUGCCGUUCCUGUAAUGUGUAAUAAUGGCGACCGGGAUUCCCUAUACGUGUAUAUUCAAAGGCGGCAGCACACAUACAACGUCCUAGAGCAGUGGUAGUGGUGGAUCGUUUAUGCCAAAUUAAGAAAACUUUGUUCCACCGUCACCGUUCCCUUUUUUCUUCUGGGGGAGGGAGGGCCUUGAGUAUUUAACAUGCAAAGGAUAUUGAAGCUGUGUCCAGUUGCUAUUGAGUCACCAGCAAUUACAAAGGCAGAUUUACUAAGGGUUUUAGUAGGUGAACUGAUUAUUGCUUGCUGUCCAGUUGCUAUAAUGGUAAUCCAAUUUACUAAGAUUAAAGGUAAGAGGACUUAUUUCUUGCUCUAAAGUUGCUAUAAAUUUUUGUUGAAUUUAUAGUUAAUUAUUUUCCAAUAUUAUUCUCAUAUUCAAACCAAAAAACAAAUACACACGAAAUAAGAACAAGAUGCAAUACAAGCACCCACCCCAAAGUGGCUUAUGCCCCCUAUAGCAACUGGACACAAUGGUUAAGCUGGCUUGAAACAAAGGAGACACCUUUUGCUCACUUUCCGCGUGACGCGAGAGUUGCCGGUAAGCUUGGUCGUUUUACUUUUUCUCUUUACAACAGUC